GUAUAUUAUCAAAACAGAUACUUGUAGUUUUAUGUGUGUAUGAGUCACACUGUAUGUCCAAAGAUUACUCAGAUUUAUAGGCCUAAAAACAAUCAUCAUCACAAAUUCAUAUUCUGCUCAUAGGACAAUGUACUCUUGAAGUAAUCUGUUGAAUAGGUCAAAGUUGAAAGCAGCAGCGCAGAGUUGAGCAAUGCAUAACCUACACUACCAGAGCAAACAUAUGUAACAGCUGCUUGGUCUCUGUUUACUGCUGGUGUUGAAACCACUUCCCUAUGGUUAACAUACUGCAUCUGGUCACACCCAAAUUAGUCUAAAACUAACCUAAAGACACACAUCAUACAGUAUAUGGUGUCACUGAGGUGUGGGAUCAUCAGGCUCUCACAAGGGCAUUUCUAAGGAUUAUUAUACCAGUUAUAUACAUUUAAAUUAAACAUUCAAAGCAAGAAUGUGUAAAAUAUAAGAAAUGCAUCACUAAUCCAAGAGUGUGUGUUUAUUAAAGGUGAACUAUGUAACUUUUCUGGCGGAUGAUCUGACACCAUGUCAUUAUGGAAAUGUUAUUGCCAGGUAAUCCAAGUUACUGGUCAAAUCUAUGGAGAGGUGAACUCACAUAGUACAAUGCAUCUUAUACUAUGUUAGCUCUCUUUUGAGAUGUAUUACCCUCCCCCCGACCCCCCUGAUCCCCCUAAACAGCACACAAACUAGGGGUCAAACUUCACUCGUUUUCUUGUUGUUGUGCCAUGUUGUGGACUGCACUACAGCAAAUGAGGUAAGUCAGGCCUAAAAUAGCUUUUUUCUAUUAAUCCCUACUUAGUAUAGGGAUGUAGUUAGCUAUAGAUUGUUUUAUAAGUGCAGUUUUAUAUUGUGUGUUAAAAUAUGGAUCCAAGCUUCUUCUAUUUCUUCCUUCGUAGCUAAAGUAUAUUAUUUUGGAUAGUAACCUAAUUGGAGUUUAUCAACCACUGACAAUUAAGAGAAAAUAUUAAUACUAAGUCUGAAAAGUCAGACUUGUUCUAUCAUUUUUUGUGUGAUAAUUUCUUGAAAUUUGUCUUUCCUCGCAGUAUUACAAAUUUUCAACAAUACUGCCACCUAGUGUUCAGAAAUUAUAGCCUACUAAACGAAAUGCUCGUGGUCCUAGGGGCAAUUUGUGGUCAAAGUCUUUAGCUGCUGCAGCAUAAACAUACGUCCUGUAGGAAAUAUUCAAAUAAGGUGUAUAUUUUAUAGAGAGUUUAUGUAGCCAUGUGGAUAAUUUCAGAAAGUUAAAUUAGGCUAUGCAUUACCUUCUGUGUGUAAUUCAAAGUAUGCUUCAAUUUGUACUGUCAAUAGCCCAUAACAUGAGGGUUCUUGACUAAAUUUGCUGUGAUUCUUUGUACUGAUUUAAUAUUUUAGCAUUUAUUUUUGCUUACUUUACAUCUAAUAAAAAAAAAUAAAAAUUGAGUUAUCCCCUUAACAAAGACACAUUAAAACGUUUACCAACCAACAAUGAUUGCACUGAUUUUUCUUUCUAAUCUCAGAAUGUUUUCCUCAAGCCCAUCUCUGGCACACUCCUUGCCCCCUCUCAGCCUCACUCGUCUGGCCCAGGAGUGGCUGGCAGAGGACACCCCACAUUUGGACCCUGCUGGAGUGUGCGUGGGGAACAAAGAAGUGGAGGCAAGACUUCUUUGUAAGAGCCCAAACAGUGUUCUGGCUGGCAGCCCUUUCUUCACUGCAGUGUUCAGUGAGGUGGGCUGCUCUGUGCAGUGGAGAUACCAGGAUGGAGAGCAAAUCGGUGCAGAUGCUGUCACACUGACUGCUAUAGUGAAAGGCCCAGCAAACUGCCUUCUUUUGGGGGAGAGGCCUGCUCUGAACUGCCUGGCCCGUGCUUCAGGUAUAGCCACGCGCUGCUCAGAGCUCCGGGCCUUAGCAGCUGCAGUAGGGUGGGGCGGAGAAGUGGCCGGGACUCGAAAAACCACCCCCGGCUUCCGUCUGGUGGAGAAGUAUGCAAUGUUGGUGGGAGGGGCAUCCACGCACAGACACGACCUGAGUGGGAUGGUGAUGCUGAAAGACAAUCAUGUGUGGGCCUCAGGGAGUAUCACAGAGGCAGUGAGGGCAGCCAGAGCUGUGUGUGGUUUCAGCAGUAAAGUGGAAGUUGAAUGUCGUUCUGUGGAGGAGGGCUCAGAGGCGGCCGCUGCUGGAGCUGAUAUAGUGAUGCUGGACAACUUCCAACCACAGGAGCUUCAUACAGCUGCUCAGAGACUCAAAAAGGACUUCCCGUCUGUUCUGAUUGAGGCCAGUGGAGGAGUGAGCCCUGAGACCCUGCAGCAAAUGUGUUCACCCCACAUCGACAUCAUCUCUCUGGGCUGCAUCACCCAGGGCUGUCCUGUGGUGGACUUCUCACUGAAGCUCAUCAAAUGUUGCAGCUACAAAACAUCCAUCCAUCCAUCCAUCCAUUUUCGUCCGCUUAUCUGGGGCUGGGUCGCGGGGGGAGCAGCCUAAGCAGGGACUCCCAGACUUCCUUCACCCCAGACACGUCCUCCAGCUCCUCCGGGGGGACCC